UACCGCGUCACAAAAACAAUAACAGUGAAGGGAAGCGGUAUAAAGAUAUGUAAGGAAUGGGGGUAAAGUUGAACAAAUAAGAGGAGGUAAUGAAAGGGGAAAAAAGUCAGGAGAUACUUUUCUUGGGGGCAAAUUUGAUUGGAUACCAUGGUUUAACACAUAAGCCAAAUACACGCGAUGGGAGUGGUAAGAUGGCGGCCAGCUGGCUUCACUCGUCUUUACAGCUAUGAGCGCUCCAGAUUUUUACAGUCCACUCGGAUACACAUACAGAGUCUGAAAUGGAAAAAGUGGUUGGUUUAACUCUGUUCCUCGGUCUAAUCGGCCGUUUGAUUAAUCAGCUUAUAUCAACCGAGAUCAGAUUCAUCAGAAAAAGGAGAUUAAUGAUUAGGGAUUUGAUUUUAAAUGCACACAGCAGGUUACGGCGCCCAAGACGAAGACAAAAACAGGAUGCCUCUUUCUGCAGCAGAGAAACAGCGCCGAUACAGGCAGCGUAGGGAUGCUGAUCCUGAGAAAAGAAAAAAGCAUUUAGAAAAAGAGAGGGAAAGAUCGAGGAAGGACAAGGAUGCCGGCAAAAGGUUAUCUAUUAGUGAGCUGAAUGAAAGGGAGAAAGUGGCCAAGCGGAAAUACUGGAGAGAAGCACAGGCAAAAUCGAGAAGAGCCAAAGCACAACUUACAGCUACCUUAGAGCAGUGCAUGACCCCUCCCCUAAGUCCAGAGCCAGCUCCAGAGCCCUCAAGGCAACGUCGUGUGGGCAGAUUAAGGUCAAAGAAGGAGAGAAAAACGCUCCGACUUGAACUUGAGGAAGUAAAGCAAAAGCUGAAAGAAGAAAAACAAAAUAAAAACCAAAACACUCGCAAUAUCCAGAUGUAUUACCAGUUACGUCGCAAGCCGCCAUCUGUGUGGGUUCAUCAAAGAGCAAACAAUUGGUGGACUGUUGUAGUUCCCAACUUUACAGAUGAGCAGUGGAGCCAGAAUUUCAGAAUGUCUGAGGACACAUUCAUGUACAUUUGCCAUAGGUUACGAACAGCGAUGGAGAAGCGGGACACCAACUUUCGUCUGUGUGUGCCCAUAAAAAAACGGGUAGCCAUAGCACUUUGGAAGCUGACAACCAACAGUGAGUUAAGACUCGUUUCACAUUUGUUUGGCGUUGGUGUUACGACGGUGUGGCGAUGUGUUCGGGAAUUCUGCACAGCAGUUAAUGAAGUACUGCUGCCAGAACUGAUACCGUUCCCAAAUGAUGAUAAGCUUAUGGAAAUGGCCAUGAACUUUGAACAGAGAUAUGGACUUCCACAGUGUGUUGGGGUUGUCGCUGGAUCACAUAUCCCAAAUGUCCCCACAGAGUAUCAUGCAGAGUAUUUUAACCACAUGGGCUGGCAUUCUAUCAUACUCCAAGGAGUUGUGGAUGGAAAUGGGCUCUUCUGGCAUGUAUUUGCAGGAAGUCCUGGCAGUAUGCAUGAUGCGACAGUUCUGCAUGUAUCAGGGUUAUGGGAUCUCAUAGGACAAGGACUAUUUCCAAACCAUACUAAAAAUAUCGCUGGUCGUGAUGUUGGCUACUACCUCCUCGGUAAUGCUGCGUUUCCAUUGCAGAGCUGGCUCAUGAAACCUUUCUCAGAAACGGGGCAGUUGACACCAGAACAGAGGACAUACAACCAGAAAAUCUGCUGUGCAAGUUCCGUGGCUGAAAAGGCAUUCACUCGGUUGAAGGGGCGAUGGAGAUGUCUUCUUAAACGCAAUGACAGCCAGAUAGACCUCGUGAAAACAAUGGUGCUUACCUGUUGUGUCCUCCAUAACUUAUGUGAAACACACGAUGAGCAGUACAGUGAAGAGUGGGACCCUCCUGCUACAGGAGACCAGAUUUUAGUAGCACUGCCACCGGAGGAAGAUGCUGAAGGUGCAGCUGUAGAUGUGCGUGAUGCCCUGGUGCAUUAUCUAAACACAGACAAUUGUGCAUCACUAUUGCUUGAGUAAAGCAUAUAAACGACA